AUGGGGGGCCCCCUUGCUGGCCGGGCGCCUCUCGGCAUUGAACUCUCGGCCCCAGGGGCCCCCCCGGGGGCCCCCCCUUGCGGGGAGGACCCGGAGGCCCCUGGGUUGCUGCCGGGGGAGCUGGGGGCCCCCCUGUUGGCGGAUGGGCAGCCACUUUCUCCGUCGGAGAGCGAGCCUUCGGAUGGUCAAAAUGGUUUCUUUUUCGAGGCCCCCCGGGACAUUGAGGGGGGUUUUCAAGAGGGGAGUGUGUCUGGUUUGCGGGGGGCCCUCGGGAGGUUCUCGGAGGGCCUCAAGAGCUUCUUAAUGCGGUAUGUGGGGCCCCGGGGGCCCCCCUCGUUGGUGCGGCCGCUUCUGGGGCCCCCGCGGGGCGGGGGCCCCUCUGGGGGCUGGGGCGCGGGCCCGCGGAGCUGGCUGGCUCCGGAGACGCAGCAGAUAUGGGGCCCCUGCGGAGGGGGCCCCCCGGGGGCCCCUUUGGGGGCCCCGUUGGGGGCCCCGUUGGGGGCCCCCCCGCGUGCUGAGGGGGCCCCCUGGGGGCCCCCCGGGUCUGUGUCGGGGCGGCGGCGGCGGCGCGGCGAGGCGCGGAGCUCGAGCGGCAGCCCGGCGCGAAGCGCAGCCAAGGAGGAGGCGGGAGGCGCAGCAGCAGCAGCAGCAGCAGCAGCAGCAGCAGCAGCAGCAAACUGGGACGCAGUGCCGGACUUGGACCGGUUUGUGGGGGGCAUUUACACCUACUGGGCCGAGGGGGGCCUCUGCGCUAUGCUGUGCUCCCACGGGGCCCAGCUGGUGGUGCUGGGCUUCACAGUUUACUUCAGUUGGUUUUUGCUGAUGUUUGUGAACUGGGAAGGAAUCCUUGCAUGCAAAAGCCCCGAUGCAUGCGCUUUGGAGCCCCUGCUGCUGGCCUCUCCGUGGGCCCCCUGGGGCCCCCGCCAGACCCUCUGUACCCUCUACGUUUUGUCUUUGACUUUUUUGGUUUUGUUUUCUCUUUUUUCCGCUUUUUAUAAAUGCAGAGACGCCGCGGCGCUGCGGCUCUACUUCCGCUCCCGGCUGUACAUACACUGCGACAGCGCGCUGCAGCUCAUGGGCUGGCCCGAAGUUGCUGCGCUGCUGCUGCAGGCGCAGCAGCAGCACCCCUUUUGUCUUGUGAAGCAGCACUUGUCAGUGCUGGACUUAGUUGCAGUAAUAAUGAGAAAAGACAAUUAUGUGAUAGCUCUCACCAACAAGGAGGUGCUGGCCCGCGCGCUUCCGGUGUACGUACACCCCAAACUCCUCUACACCCGCGUGCUUCUCUGGAGUCUCCGCACUGCCAUUUUUUUUAAUCUCUUCGACAAAAAACAAAGACUCAACCGCCAACUCUUCACCCGCAGGGCACCCAGAGGGUAA